AUGAAUUGGCGAGUAAAAAAUUUAGUCGCUAAUGGUGUACUAUAUAUAUACUUGGUUUCCAAAUCACAAAACCAGCGCUUGUGUCUCUUCAGCACCUGUGUGUGUGUGUGUCUCUCUCUCUGUGCCUCUCCAUCUCCGCUGCUCCUCUUCCUUCCCUCUCUCUCCGCCCUCUCCUCUACCUCCCUCCUCCUCCCAACGCUACUCAAACCUGGCCCCAUUUCCAUUUCACUAUCGCCUUCGCUUGUUGACUUUCCGUCAAAUCUCAGGAUUCGUUACUCGCCCACUACUGCUUCUCAAGUUGUGGACGACUCAACCACCACCACCGUCUACGGAUUCUUUCCCCUCGUCUUUCAGCAAGUUCAAUUCGGCUCUCACUGCUGGAGUAUUGAAUCCCAUGUCUCCACCACCACCUCCCUCCGACAAGGCCCAAUCGAGCCCGACCCUUUUCGAAAUGAUGGCGAGAGAGCCCGAUUCCAUUCCCAGAUCCCAGAUCCCAACAGCGAUUGUCGGAGAUUUUGGGUUCUCGGAGUUCGGGAAGUCAGUUCAAUGACCCCAAUUCGAACGAGCGAUGUCACCAGAGCACUUGGAAUCUUGAAGGUUUCAGCUGCAAUUGGGUUUGAUGCUGGGGUUUUGUCAUAUUUGGAGUAUUUAGAGGCUGCUCCAUGGGCUGAAGAUGAAGAAGAGAAGGUGGCUUCAGUAUGUAGCUAAUGAGAGCUUGGACAAGCUUCUCUUCAGUUUUGAGAUAUGUAGAAGGUUUAUGCUGGGUUUGCUGGUACUACUACCAUGGUGUCUGCUCAUGGCAAUGGUCAGUUUUUGAUUUAGUAGUAGUACAUAUGUCGAUAACUUACUUAUAUUUAUAGCACACCAUCAAAAUGGUUAGUUAACUUAUAUUUAUUAUAUGAAUACCAGCCACAAACACUCAAUGUGUUAGUUGGAAGCUUGUCAUUGUGAUGCUCUAAAUUAUCAGAGCCUCAAAUUAUUUUGGCAUCAUCUGGCAAAUGUUGGCGUAUGAUGUAGGGCUUACUUUAGACCUAUGUUGUUGUUAGAUGGUUUAGAGCGGUGGUUUUAGCUAUAUAUUUAUAUGUGUGGAGUUUAGUGGGCUUGACAGUUUGAGAGGCACUCUGCGGGUUUGACAAUUUUUGGACAUAUAUCUAUUCUUUUAGUCGUAUUGGUCUGAGUCGUAUUGGUUAUGAGUCAUAUUGGAAGAGACAACUUGUAUUGAUUAGCAAUCAUGUUUGCUAGUAAUAGAUUUAUGUCUGAUAGUUGUCCAUCUUCUUUGUAUGACAAAUUUUGAAACCCGGUCUAUGACAUGUCCCACCUCAUCCAAUUUGUAUUUAUAGUGCUAGAAGUCCAACCUGUGUUUAUAGUAUAAGAAAUUCAUUUACUUAUUCUUCCUUUCCGCAAGGAAAGGAGCCCAAUGUUAUUGUCUUAUUACACUUCCUAAUCUAUUAGAAGACAUAACUACUUGACCCAACAAAUCACACCCUUCCCAUGUGCACCGCACCACAACCCCUUCUUUGGGUGCCCUUUUGUUGGGGUGUAUUGCAAAUCUCACUUUAUAAAUUGUUAUGACUCCUCUCUUUGUGUGUUUUUGUUGUGUAUUGAAUGUGUUUGAUAUGUGGAUUGUGUGGACAAACUCUGAAAUGGGUAGUGAUGAUAAACUCUGAAUUUGGAUCAUUGGUUUUGGUGAUUGUUUGAUUGAUGUACUUUUAGAUCCAAUUCUACACUAGUUGAAGACUCCUCAACUAAUAGAAUGAACUGGGUCAAUUCUACUUGACAUGUAUCAAUAAAGUUGAAUUCUUUAACCGUCUUUUGUGCCUUUAAACUGUUUCCUAAUGUCUGUUUUGGAUUUGGCUUUGGCUAAUUGGAUGGCUUGGAAUAUUUGGUGGUUCAACAAAUGCCAAGGUAAUUGUAACUUCACUUACUGCAUUAGAAUCCAUGUAUUUCCUUUUAUUUUUCAUGUUGCUUUCUCUUACUUUUGAACAAUUAACUUUAAACUAAUUGUUACAAAUGUUGUAUUGAGCCCAGAUGUUCUACUAAAUAGUCACAUUUCAACACUCAAAAUAUAUUGUAAGGAUGCCCAAUAACUAACUAAUUAUGGUACAAAAGCUUUUCCUUGUUCAAUAGGAUCUGAUAAACCAUACAAACUAGAGCCUCAAGGUGUUGAUUUAUCAUGAUGAGCUUGAGCCGAUGUUGAGAGGCUUGCUUUGGUUAUUGACUAACAUUGGACUUGAGAGAGGUUGGCAUAUGGCAAUCUGCAAGGUGGAUUGCCUGCCAACAUAUGUUUGAAAUGUUACAUCAUACAUGUAUCAUUCUAGAAUAUUAUGCUUUUGAUGACUGAUGUGGUUAAUCCAUACUUAUGAAGUUGGUUCUUCCUUUGAAUGACAAAAAAAAGAAGAAAUUGAACUCUAGUUUGACAAAUAAUUCAAUUAGAAGAAAGAAUUGUACCUUACUGCUACUCUUAUAGAACUCUUAUAGAAUUUUCUGCAGGGGUUUAUUAUGUUCAAUUCUGCAAUUUAAUCAGUAAUGGGUUCUGGAGAUUGGUUUAAGAAUAUAAUUAGCUUAAAGAAAGGGAAUGAUGCAAUUUAUUCUUUACAAUUUGUUACUUUGUAACACAGAGAAGUUGAUUUAUAUAUGAACGUCAUUGUGUCUUUUUUCACUCUUCAGGAAGCUUUGGAUAUUGUUCAUGUUAAGUCCACAUCAAAAGGAAUUUGGGGUGCUCUUUUUUUAUUUUAUAUUUUAUUUUUGUUGAUACCUUUACAAUAUUGGUUUGCCAUAUGUUCAAAAGAGUUGAAAUUUAUUGGCUAUCUUUGGAAAUUUGCAUGUGAGGUGAAUUCUUCUUACUGGUGCCUUCAAUUUUAUAUUGGUUGGCAAAUUAUAUCUUGAAUUUGGUUUUUAAGCAUAUUGGAGAAUUUAUGCAUUCAAAAUUGGCAAAAUUUCACCUCA